AAGAAAGCAUUACAGAAAAUAAAACAAAAAUAAAUCUUUUUUAAUAAAAUAAACUUGAGAGAGAGGGAGGCCAUCUUGAUAAGAGAAGGAACCCAUUAGACAGAAAGAGUGGGAUGUCUUGUAGAAUGAACAAAACAUCCUCCGUUUCUCUUGUCCUUGUCCCCUUUUCCAGAUCUUAAGGUUUUCCACAUUUUUUGCUAUCAUCAUCUGGGUCCUCUCCAAAAUGAUUUGAAGGAUACUCAAUUCCGAUUUGAUCGGGGACUUGGAUUCUGUUCUCAGACAAAAAAAAAAAGAAGAGCAAAAGAUGGAAUCUGUAUCGGAUCUGGGGAAGCUCUUCAUUGGCGGCAUCUCAUGGGACACAGAUGAAGAACGGCUCGGAGAGUAUUUUAGCAAGUUUGGAGAUUUAGUCGAAUCCGUGAUCAUGAGAGACCGUGCCACAGGACGUGCACGUGGCUUUGGUUUCAUCGUAUUCGCAGAUCCUUCUGUUGCAGAGAGAGUCAUCAUGGAGAAACACAUCAUCGAUGGCCGCACGGUCGAGGCGAAGAAAGCUGUUCCACGGGAUGAUCAGCAGCAAGUGCUGAAACGGCACGCUAGUCCAAUGCACCUUGGUGGUAAUGGUGGGAGAACAAAGAAGAUCUUUGUAGGUGGUUUACCAUCGAGCAUCACCGAGGCUGAGUUCAAGAACUACUUUGAUCAGUUUGGUACAGUUUCUGAUGUUGUGGUGAUGUAUGAUCACAACACACAGAGGCCACGAGGCUUUGGCUUCGUCACUUUUGAUUCCGAAGAGUCUGUGGAUAUAGUUCUUCACAAGACCUUCCACGAGCUUAACGGCAAAAUGGUUGAGGUUAAAAGAGCAGUGCCAAAGGAGCCUUCCCAAGCUUCUGUUAACCGAAGCAGCCCGGUUCUUGGGUUCGGUAAUAACUAUGGAGUAGUCUCUAAUAAUAGCUACUUCAAUAGUUUUGCUCCUGGUUAUAGUAACAACCCUGGUGGACGGUUUAGUCCCAUUGGUAGCGGUAGAAAUGCUUUCUCUAACUUUGGUCUUGGCUCGAAUCAAGAACUGAGUUUGAAUGGAAACACACUUGGGUUUAACCGGCUCCCUGGCGACCAAUACUUCAACAAUGCUUCACCAAACCGGUUCAACUCUCCAAUUGGAUUCAACAGAGGCGACUCUGCUUACAACCCCAGCAAUAGAGACUUGUGGGGAAACAGUCCAGGCUUGAACUUAGGUGUCUCUGUUGGUAACAACAGAGGAAACUGGGGCCUUUCUGAUACUAAUGGCUAUGGGAGAAGCUUUGGGACAGGUUCUGGACUUUCUGCGUUAUCAUUCUCUGGUAACAACAACAACACGAACGGUUUUGAUGGCUCUAUAGGGGAGUUGUACAGAGGCAGCUCGGUUUAUAGCGACUCAACGUGGCAGCAGACGUUGCCUUACCAUCAGUCUUCUAUUGAGUUAGAGGGCUUGUCUCGCUCUUAUGGGUUUGGUAUUGGCAAUGUAGGCUCAGACCCAUCUGGUAAUGCCUCUGAAGGUUACCCUGGAAGCUACAGUGUUGGAGGAAAUAGACAAACAAAUAGAGGUAUUGAAGCAUAGAGGAAAAGACAGAUGAAGAAAGUGAUACGUGUAGAUCAAGAAAGAACAAUGUCCCUUGCAGAGUUGUAAUUUAAUAUCGUCAAAAGUAGAGAAAGAGAUACCUUCUUCACAGUGAGUUUAUGUGGUUUUUUUUCUGCUUCUGUAUCUAAUUCUUACAUAAAGAUAAGAUCAGAUGAGUAGCUGCAAAGAUGCAAGUUUGGGAUGAUCAAAGAUUUGGUUUCUGCGUUUGUCUCCAUAGCAAUAAGUAGAGAUCGUUGAUUCUCGAUCACUAUUCUUUAGGUUUUCACUUCUUCCUUCAAGAUUCUUCAUGUUGUGUGCUCUGUUUGUAACUCUAAUUGUUAACUUCUGUUUCUUACAUAUUUUUUAUUUGGUUUAAACAUUCGAUUUGAA